AGGUAGUCGCGACGAUGACCGCCACUGUGGGACGCUACCGCCGGUUCUCAGUGUUAGUCGCGACGGGAAAUGGACGUGGUCUCUGUGGGAUCGGCAAAUCCAAGGCGAUCAAUUUGAAAGCUGCGAUUCGAUGUGCAAGACUUCGCGCAGCACAAAACCUAAUGUCCUUCGAAUUGCGAGACAAUCGAACACUGUGGCACAUGGGACAUGUUAAGGAAUGGCGCACCUCGAUUUUCGCAAAGCCCCUACCUGAUGGUGCCGGACUAACAUGCCAUCGCCUGUUGCGCACGCUUUGCAACAUCAUCGGAAUCAAAGACAUGUAUGCCAAGGUCGAGGGGAACACAAAGAAUUAUCUAGUAAUUGUUCGUGGAUUCUUGCGUCUCCUUAGCGAGCAGCAAACCUACUCAGAUCUUGCGAACAAAACCGGUAUGCACGUUGUCCAAUUCAACGCUGACGAAGAUAUGUACCCUCGUGUGCUAGCUUCGCCUGCGCCCGGAUGUUUUGUGGAUCGGGAUGCAACAAAAACACAUGAAGCCAAACCACAUUCUCUCGCAGUACCCGCUCAGAAGGAUGAGGAACCACCAAUCCUGGCCAUUUCUCAUCCAGUACGUGCUCGACCGCGUCGACCAAAGCCUGAGAAAUACGAAUCGCUUUUGGAUGAUUUAGUGGAAAUUGGCGAGGGUCCUGCAGUCGAAACCGAUAUCACAGAGCUUAUCGCAUCCGGUGAACGGGAUGUCGAUGCCUUGGCACUUGGAGGACGUGUACCUCUGAUUCGAGGCAAGAAGAAACCGGGAUACUGGAACGAACCCGGGAAUCUCAAGAUGGCAGCCAUUAAACACAGGUACAGAAAUCGAGAGGCAGCUGAGAGACAGCGAGAGGUUUUCGAGGCUCUUGAUCAACAACAACUACAGAUCUAACACUGUCCUGUUGUUAGACACUUUAGCGAGCGUACAUUUCCAACGGGUGUUUUGUAAAAUAAAGUGCAAGUGAUAAA